CCGGAAGCGGAUCGAGCAGAGAAGGGGCGCGCUCGGGUGAGUGAGUCUCCUGUUUUGCUGGUUGGUUCCAGGGCUCGCGCUCCUCAGGCCCCUGCUCACAGCCAGGUUUCGGGGGUCGCCUGGCAAGUAUAAACUUACCUGAGAAAGAAGACCAGAAGAGGGAAAAAAGGAGGAAUGACUCUUUUCCAGGGAUGGUUAACAUUCAGGGAUGUGGCCAUAGAAUUCUCUCAGGAGGAGUGGGAGUGUCUGGACCCUGCUCAGAGGGCCUUGUACAGGGACGUGAUGCUGGAGAACUACAGGAACCUGGUCUCCCUGGGUGAGGAUGACUUCUCUCCAGAAGUUGGAAGCCCUUCUGCUGGAUUUACAGUCAAGGAAUUAUCACCAGUAGAGAACAUUAAUAAAGGAGAAUUUUACCACUUAAUAAUACUGGAGAGAAAUGAAAGUCAUGGCAUCAAGGAUUUUGAUCUCAAGGAAGUCUGGGAAAAUAUGCACGAGUUAGAGAGUCAGCGGGAGUAUGAUGCAAGAAAUUACAAAGUAGUGCCUUUGACCCAGGACAAAAAGCUCACUUGUAGAAAAGACCAGCAACUUAAUCAGUCCUCAGUUACUCUUCCUGAAAAGCAGAGUGUUUCUGUAAGAAAUAAUACAUACCAGUAUUUCAUGGAUGAUGAGCCACUUACAAGGACUUUGUUAAAACGGGAUGGUAACAGAAGUGGUUCUGGAAACCAGUACAUAAACUGUGUGGAAAAUAGAAUUGGAUUAAGUUUGCAGGCACAUCUGGCUGAGCUCCAGAGAUUUCACAGCAAGGAGAAAAUGUACGAAUGUAAUCCAACUGAGAAGUCUGUCAGCAAUGGUUCCUCAGUCUCACCACUUCAAAGAGUUCCUCCCAGUUCCAAAAACAUUUGGAAUAAAUCUAGGAAGAUUUUUAAAUAUCCUUUGUUACCUGCACAAUACAAGACAGCAUACACUAGAGGAAAAUCUUACAAAUGCAAUGACUGUGGGAAGACUUUUAGCAAAAGCUCAAACCUCAUAAGUCAUGAGAGAAUUCAUUGUGGACAGAGACCUUACAAAUGUAAUGACUGUGAUAAAGCCUUUACAUACCGUUCAAAUCUUACUCGACAUAAGAAAAUCCAUACUGGAGAGAAACCUUACAAAUGUAGCGAGUGUGGCAAAACAUUUACCCAAUGUGCAAACCUUACUAGGCAUCAGAUAAUACACACUGGAGAAAAACCACACAAAUGUAACGUGUGUGACAAGGCUUUUAACCAAAGUUCGAGCCUUAUGGCACAUCGGAGAAUUCAUACAGGGGAAAAGCCUUUUAAAUGUAAUAAGUGUGAUAAGGCUUUUAUCAAACGUUCAGACCUUUGGUGUCAUGAGAGAACUCAUACUGGGGAGAAACCUUACAAAUGUAGUGAGUGUGGCAAAGCCUUUGCUGAGCGUUCGAAUCUUACUCAACAUAGAAGAAUCCAUACAGGACAAAAACCUUAUAAAUGUAAUAAAUGUGAUAAGGCUUUUAUCAAACGUUCAGACCUUUGGGGUCAUGAGAGAUCUCAUGCUGGUGAGAAACCUUACAAAUGUAAUGAGUGUGCCAAAGCUUUUUCCCAUUUUGCAACCCUUAGUACACAUAAGAAAAUACAUACUGGAGAGAAACCACACAAAUGUAAUGUGUGUGACAAGGAUUUUAUCCGAAGUUCAAGCCUUAGGAGACAUCAGAGAACUCAUACAGGAGAAAAAUCUUAUAAAUGUAAUAAAUAUAAUAAGGCUUAUAUCAAACAUUCAGACCUUUAGAGUCACGAGAGAACUCCUACUGGAGAGAAACAGAUGUAAUGAGUGUGGCAAAGCCUUUAUGGAGCAUUCAUAUCUUGCUCAGCAUAAGAAAAUCCAUAUUGGAGAGAAACCUUAUAAAUGUAAUGAGUGUGGCACAGCUUUUAGUCAAUUUGCAAAACUUACUAGGUUUCAGAAAAUACAUAGUGAAAAGAAACAGUGUAAACCUGAUAUGUGUGGCAGUGCUUUUAUUCAAAACUCAAGCUUUGGGGAUCAUCAAAGAACUCAUAGGAGAAAGAAACCUUGCAAAUAAAAUGAGCAAGUGUUCAGGCCUUACUCAACAUCAGAGAUUCCAUCAUGGAGAGGAACCAUAUGAAACUAACGUGUGUGGCAAAGUUUGCAACCAGGAUUCACACCACACCUGGUAUCAGAAUAUAAAUGUCUGAAAGAAAGCACACAAAUGGAAUGUAUGGCAAGGCUUCUCCAAAGCUCAUAGCUUGCCAACCAUAAUUCUUGCUAGAGAAAAACCUUACAAAUGUAAUGAGUAUGAUCAACUUUAUAAAAUUGUACAACUUUGGGGAAGGGGAUAAAAAUAAGUGAAUGGGAUUAAGAGGUACAGACUUCCAGUGAUAAAUGUACAACUUUGUGGUUGCAAGAAUUCACAUACAAUGGAAUCCAUACCGGUGUGUCAUGGUCUUUACUUCAGGAAACACCAAAGAUUUCAUACUGGAGAGAAACAUUACAAAUGUAAUGAAGGUGAUAAUUUGUUUACCCGAUCCUUUGAAAGGACUACAGUAAGAAAAUUCAUACUAGGGGGGAACUAGGUUUAUUUACAGCAUUAACCAAUCUUAGAUGUUAAAUUCCACAGAAAAUUAGAAUUAUUUAAAUUCAUGAGAUGAAGUGUUUCAGUGGGACAAGUAUAUCUGUGGAAGGACCUAAUCAUCUUCUGUUUAAAUCUUUUUUAAAGAUUUUAUUUUCCACUCUACACCCAUCAAGGGGCUAAAACUGCCAACUCUGAGAUCCAGAGUCACAUGCUCUUCCGACUGAGCCAGCCAGGCACCCCUAUAAAUUUUUUUCUAAAUCGUUUGAUUGUUCUUGAGACUAGAUUAUUAUUGAUGACUUAUAACCUUAAGUUUGGAAUCCUCUGAUGUUAUACUUUAAUUACAUGCAUUUCAUUUGUCCACUGUGAUGGUCUCAGAGAAUCCUGGAUCAGUCAGGUGAAAGGAGCCUGUUUGAUUAGGUCGGGUUCAGUAAUAGUAUAUACCCUGGAAGAACUAGGAUGCUAAUUUUAAGAUAAGUUUUAGUAUAAAUUUGAGAGCAUGAGGAGUGGCCAGAAAUAGAUGUAAAACUAUUAUCUAAAUUGCCAUGUUUUCUGUGGUCACAGCCCCUUUUCUAGAUUCGUUGGUAUGAUUGAGAGGCUUUGUUGAUUUUAUUACAGGGGAGGAUUCUCUGUCAGAUGAUCAUGAAACAGUAGGUUGGCACACUGAGAGAAUGAGAUUUUCACAUGAGAAUGAUAGGUUACUAGGGAUGCAUGUGUGGUAGAAAAAAUGGAUGGAGAAUGAUGGUCUUCCCUCUUUUGAAAGGUGAUAGCUGUUGUGUAUCAUGGAUGAGUAAAAAUCAGUCUCAAGUUUGGAAACUGAAGAGUAAGUUAUAGAGGAGAUUUUAAUCAAAAGAAGCAAAGUAGGGGCGCCUGGGUGGGUCAGUAUGUUGAGAGUCCGGCUGGAUUUUGGCUCAGGGUUGUGGGAUAAACCGCAUUGUUAGGCUCUCUGCUGAAUGUGGGGCCUGCUUAAGAUCGUCUCUCUCUGCCCUUCUCACCUACUCAUGCUCUCUCUGAAAAAAACAAAACAAAAACCUAAAAGUAGUGUGCUUGUGAAAGAUUCAAAUUUGGCCACUGAAAUUCCAUUUUGAUACUAUUGUAUUUAGGAUACCCUGUGUUUCAUAGUGAAACGCUUAGCGAGUGAAAACUUUUGUGUAAUGCUGAAUGAAUCAUGUGCUUUCUCUUAGCCCAAGUGCAUCCCAACUCAUUGGGGCAUUUCAUAAUGAAUACUAAUAAUACAUCCUUGGGCUCUCUAGGUUGAAUGUGAUCCAUAACAAUUCUUUUCCAUGUUAGAUUCAAACCUACAGUUUUGGAAAUAAAUAUUCAUAAGUUGAAUUUGAGAGUUAUGCACUCAAUAGUAUAUCCCAGGUGAUUUUUUUGGCUCUAAUGAAAAUACCAUAGCAAUGCAAUUUCAAACUCACCCCCCUACAACCUGCCUUCCCAUUCAUGAAUAUACACUGUGUGAUUAUAUUUCUACAUGCCUUUUGUGCUGAAAUGAGACCCGUGUGUUGUACCUUUACAAUAAAUGAAAACAUAAAAGUCAUAGGCAUAUGAAAAGUAUUAGGAACUAAAAGUAUUUCAGAGGUAAGAAUAAAGGUAUCACAAUCUA